CCUCUCGCUCAAGAGCUCAGAGCCACUCAAAGCUGCAGCCAUGCCAUGCCUCCUGCUCACCCUGGGCAUGGCCCUGGUCUGUAGUGUCCAGGCCACGGACAUGCCCCAGACCAAGCAGAACCUGGAGCUCCCAAAGUUGGCAGGGACUUGGCACUCCAUGGCCAUGGCGACCAACAACAUCUCCCUCAUGGUGAUGGUGAAGUCUGCUCUGAGGGUCCACGUCACCUCGCUGUGGCCCACCCCCGUGGACCACCUGGAGAUCGUUCUGCACAGAUGGGAAAACAACAGCUGUGUUGAGAAGAAGGUCCUUGGAGAGAAGACUGAGAAUCCGAAGAAGUUCAAGAUCAACUAUAUGGGGGCGAACGAGGCUAUGCUGCUUGAUACUGACUACGACAAUUUCCUGUUUCUCUGCCUAACGGAUACCACCACCCGCAUCCAGAGCUUGAUGUGCCAGUACCUGGCCAGAGUCCUGGUGGAGGACAACGAGAUCAUGAAGGGAUUCAUCAGAGCUUUCAGGCCCCUGCACAAGCGUCUGUGGUACUUGCUGGACUUGAGAAAGAUGGAAGAGCCGUGCCAUUUCUAGGUGAGCUCCUGCCUGGUCCUGCCUCCUGGGUAAUGUUAACCCAACAGCUCGCCUCCGCCUCCAGGAAGACCAGACCCCCACGCUUCCACACCUCCAGAGCAGUGGGAAUUCCUCCUGCCCUUUCAAAGAAUGUCCACACCUCAGAAGACAAUGGCGUGGUCAUCCGUGUCCCCAUCCCCUUCCUGCUGCACGCCUGCACCGCAGGCGUCGGGGGGCUGCUCCCUGGGGGCAGUCUCUGGCAGAGAUUAUUAAUAAAUCCAUGCAGCAUG